GAUCUCCUCUGUGUCUUUAGUUCAUAACUUUUUAACUAAUUCAGGCUAUUGAUAAUUCCAAGAUGGUGAAGAUCUGCUGCCUUGGAGCCGGCUAUGUUGGUGGCCCAACCAUGGCUGUCAUCGCCCUUAAGUGCCCAUCCAUUGAAGUGGUUGUUGUUGACAUCUCUGUUGCCCGUAUCUCAGCAUGGAACAGCGACCAGCUCCCAAUCUACGAGCCUGGCCUUGACGAUGUGGUCAAGCAGUGCCGAGGGAGGAACCUGUUUUUCAGUACGGAUCUUGAAAAGCAUGUAUCCGAGGCUGACAUCAUAUUUGUCUCAGUGAACACACCCACCAAAACCCGUGGCCUUGGUGCGGGCAAGGCUGCUGAUCUCACCUACUGGGAGAGUGCAGCCCGUAUGAUUGCUGAUGUCGCCAAGUCCGACAAGAUCGUGGUCGAGAAGUCCACGGUCCCUGUCAAGACCGCUGAGGCCAUCGAGAAGAUCUUGACCCACAACAGCAGAGGCAUCAACUUUCAGAUCCUAUCAAACCCAGAAUUCCUCGCGGAAGGCACGGCCAUCCAAGAUCUAUUCCAGCCUGAUCGAGUGUUGAUCGGUGGCCGGGAGACACCAGAAGGCCAGAAGGCCGUUCGGGCUCUGAAGGAUGUCUAUGCCAACUGGGUGCCUGAGGAUCGGAUUUUAACAACCAAUCUGUGGUCGGCAGAGCUAUCAAAGCUUGCAGCCAAUGCCUUCUUGGCUCAGAGGAUCUCAUCUGUGAAUGCCAUCUCCGCGCUUUGUGAGGCCACCGGGGCCAAUGUGGCUGAGGUGGCCUUUUCGGUGGGGAAGGAUACAAGAAUCGGACCCAAGUUCCUAAAUGCCAGUGUUGGUUUCGGAGGUUCCUGCUUCCAAAAGGAUAUCCUUAAUCUAGUCUACAUUUGUGAGUGCAAUGGCCUUCCUGAGGUGGCCAACUACUGGAAGCAGGUCAUCAAGAUCAAUGAUUACCAGAAGAGCCGGUUUGUGAACCGUGUGGUGUCCUCCAUGUUCAACACCGUUGCCGGUAAGAAAAUUGCUGUGCUCGGGUUUGCAUUCAAGAAGGACACCGGAGACACGAGGGAGACUCCGGCAAUUGAUGUCUGCAAGGGCCUGUUGGGUGACAAGGCCAAGAUCAGCAUCUAUGACCCCCAGGUGACAGAGGACCAGAUCCAACGUGACCUCGCAAUGAACAAGUUCGACUGGGACCACCCAAUCCACCUCCAGCCGAUGAGCCCGACGGCAGUGAAGCAGGUGACCGUGACCUGGGAUGCUUAUGAGGCCACAAAGGGAGCUCAUGGGGUCUGCAUCCUGACCGAAUGGGACGAGUUCAAGUCGCUCGACUACAAGAAAAUCUAUGACAACAUGCAGAAGCCGGCAUUCGUAUUUGAUGGGCGCAAUGUCGUGGAUCCAGAAAAGCUGAGGGAAAUUGGCUUCAUUGUUUACUCAAUUGGGAAGCCACUGGAUCCUUGGCUCAAGGACAUGCCUGCUGUGGCCUAAAUGGCAGCCGCCUUAGAAAGGCGCCGCGGGGGAGAGAGAGAGGAGAUUGGUUGGAAUAUCGAGGGCUCUUUCAAGUUUGGAUUUAAGAUUCUUUAAAAUUGUUGUUCCUUUUGUUUAAGAUUUGGUGUUUCCUUGAUGGUCUAUUGUUCCCAAAUUAUAGUUAGGCAUGGCAGGGUCAUCUCUAUGUUUCCUCUGCCACUUUUGGUCCUACGAUGCAUUAUAUGGACUGUCUUCUGCCGCAUUUAAAUAGAGCUAUAUCUAUUACUCUUCUC